ACAAGGUGUGUUUGUCCAAAGCGUUACCUGCAUACCUGGACCUUGUCACUGCAUUGUGGCGCCACGCAGCAGCAGCACACAGUCUGUUGACGGCAGGCGUGUACAGGCUCGCGGUCUGCGCAACAGCAGGAAGAAGGGAGUCAGACAACUUUGACCCCGCGUGAGUUGCGUCAGGUUUGACAGACAAAGUAGAUCCCUGCGGAGGGUUAUCUGAACACACAGCAGGUAAUGGAGCUGCAGGAACAUGUCGCUGCUGCUACGGGUUUAACAUUUUAGUUUACCUGUGUUUUGAAACAGCUACAUGUUAAUAUACAAGUUUCCUACGUCUGGAUUUCCUGUGCAUGUUGUGAAAGUGUCUUCGAGCUGUUGACAGUUUUAGCAGAAGGUGCUGUCGCAUAUUAAAGUGUGAGACAUGGAGUGCCAAUGUGACAAAGACAAUCCUGAGGAUACAGGCUGGUGGAUGAGCACCAACAACGUGCAGAUGGGAGCGUUCACUGUGGUGGGAUAUCUUCUCUACAGAUUCUCUCAGACGCUCCCGGCUCUGAUCCGAUGGCCGAUCCGUCUCUUCUGCUCUCUCACUGGUCUGUCAACUCUCUGGAGCUGGGUGAGCCAUCUAGUGGGAACCCUCCGCGGAAUCCAGAGCCUGUGCAAAUGGCUGUCUCGAGUUUGGCGGUUUAUUGCAGCAUCUUCCUCCAAGUUCAAGUGGCUGGUUGCUGUCGUCACAGGGUCAGAGAUGGAGCCGACCGGCAGCACCAACAAGCCUGGCCUGAGGCUGAUCCUCCUGGGGCUCGCGGGUGGAGGACGGACUUCCCUUGCAGACACUUUGUUGGGCCACAGGGAGACAAGUGCACCCACGGAUCCCCGACCGGAGAGCAGCAAGAGAAGGACAGUAAUGGAUGGGAGGGAGCUGAUCGUGAUCGACACCCCGGAUGUUUUGGGCUCGUCGUUGGGGCGCAACAAGAGAGCCACUGAAGCUCUGAGGAGCCUCCAGCUCGCCAGUCCUGGACCACACGCCAUCCUGGUGGUGAUCCAAGCUCCGGGCUCCAGCUUUGGCAUCGAUCACGACGCGGCUCAGGCGGUCCUCGCCACGCUGGAGCUGUUUGGAGAAGGGGCCGCGGGGCACAUCAUCCCAGUGCUCACCCAUGCAGACCGUCUGGGUCAAAAGCAAAGUGUAGAUUCAGAUUCUUGGGGUGUGGUAAGCGCUAUUAAGGCAGAGCUGGUGGACAACGGGCCCGACUGCCCCCCCGAGGCGAAGAGUGUCGUGCGCAGGCAGCUGGUGGAGCGUGUGAUGGAGGUGGAGACACUGAAGGGGCAUUUCGUUCACGAGCUGCAGAGGAGGGAGGAGCGCGUCAGGGAGAAGCUGCUAGAAGACAUGAGCGCUGGACUGGCUGCAAAACUACACUAAAUAAAAGUGUGUGUGUGUGUGUGUGUGUGUGUGUGUGUGUGUGUGUGUGUGUGUGUGUGUGUGUGUGUGUGUGUGUGUGUGUGUGUGUGUGUGUGUGUGUGUGUGUGUGUGUGUGUGUGUACAUUUACUCCACUACUGUACUUAAGUACACAUUUCUUACUUGACUUACUUUUGACUCCACACGUCUCUGAAGGUUUACGUCACUUUGAAGCGGAAGAAUGUUCUUUUCAUACGCCGUGUUCGUCACAGGAGAAGAAAUACUCUUUAAAUAUUAAACUAGUGCUUUCUUCAACUCGGCAGAUGAAGAGGACGCUUCCUCUUCAUCUUUACCACUGGAUGCUUUUAAUAUACACUUGAUGAAACGUCCCACAUUAUGUCUCUUGGGAUUCAUGUUCAAGGGGUCGCAGGAUAACUUUACACCAGUGGAAAUCCUCCACUUUAUCCACUUUUAAAGAAUGUUUAGAGGGAUUAAACACAAGUUAUGAGCAGGUUACUUAAAGAGGCUGGGGGGGGGGGGUAUGAGGUCCAUUCAUCGCCCAACUGCUUAUCAGGUGUGUGAUGUUUGUGCUGUGCAGGUCCACCAGGCUGCUGUUUGAUGUUCUGUUGAAAUGAAUACGACGUUUGUGAAGUUGUAAUAAUGUGACGUCAACGUCCGACCAAAAGCAUUCAUUAAAAAGAAGAUAUAUAUAUUACAUUACAUAUUCUUUGAUGUCUGUUUUAGCUUUUGUGGAAGCCUGUUUUCUUCCUGCCUGGCCGUCUCCCAGCUUUCAUCAUUUAUAAGAUAUCAAACUUUAAAGAUGAUCGGCGGGAAAUAAACAUUGGGAGCAGCACUGUGUGUUCCUCCAGAGGAAACAGCAGUUAGAUCUGCUUAAAUACUUAAAUAUAAACACACUCAAAUGUAACUGCAUGUUUUUUAAAUUGUAUUUA